AUGGCAACAGCAGCGGCGGCGGCGGCAGCAUCCGGGAUCAUCAAAGCCGAUGUCCUGAUCUUCGGCGCAGGCCCCGGCGGUCUGUCCACCGCCCAGGCCCUAGCCCGGCAGCUGUACACGGCCAUCGUCUUCAGCGACCACACGAGCCCCUCUGGCGCGGGCUUCCGCAACAGGCUCACGAAACACAUGCACAACGUGCCCGGCUGGGACCACAUGGACCCGGCGGAAUUCCGCGCCAAGGCCCGCGCAGAUCUCCUCGCGCGGUAUCACACUGUGGAGUUCCGCGAUGUCGGGAUCCAGAGUGUGCGGCAGCUGGCAUCGGCACCGGCGCCAUCAGCUGUGAUUCUUGAAGCGGACGAGGAGGCCGAAGAUGCCAAGGGUAGAAAUGGUGCUGUGGACUUGGCAGUGGAUGCAAGCACAGGAAGCCGCGGCGGAGUCGUGCAGGAAGAGGAGCAACAGCAGCAGCACGGGAAAAUGCGGUUCGAAGCCGUCGACGCCAAUGGCGUGACGUAUCAGAGCAGGCGUCUCGUCGUGGCGAGCGGGAUUAGGGACGUCAUGCCCGAGGAGGAGAUUCCCGGGUACACGAAGUUGUGGGGGCGGACCAUAUACCACUGCCUCUUCUGCCACGGCUUCGAAGAGCGAGGGCACCCGUCCUCCGCGGUCCUGGCCACGGGCAUGCUGGCCGGCCCGCACGGCGCAGGGGUUGCCCGGAUGGCCGCAAGACUGGCGAGCACGGUCAACGUGUACACGAACGGCGACGAGGCCGUGGGCGAACAGCUCCGCGCCGAGCUGCGCGACACGACGAGGUUCCACGUGAUCAACGACAAGAUUGUCCGCGUGGACAAGGACCCCAAUGUCGAGGGCGAUGCUGGGCUGCUUGUCACGCUCGCGGGUGGAAAGGUCAACAAGGAGGGUUUCAUGGCACACAUGCCCAAUGCCGAACUCAACGGUCCCUUUGUCAAGGAUCUCGGCCUGAAGCUCACGUCUGGCGGCUGGAUCGACACGGGCGACCCGGCAAUGCCCAUCCCCCAGACCAGCGUGCCCGGAGUCAUGGCGGUCGGGGACUGCGCCACGAUGAUGAAGGCCGUCCCGACGGCCACGUACAUGGGUGCGUGUGCGGCGGCGGGCAUUGCGCACGACAUCACCAACGAGGAUGAUGUCGCGAAGUAGAUGGGCGGACGCAUUGGUGCUUUGCAAAAUGUUAGGGAAGGAGAAAAAACAGCCUUAUGAAACGAGGCCGCAAUGUGCAGAAAGGGAAAACGACAUGGGACUUGUCGCUUUCAGAAGUUAGAAGGAAUGGCUCGUACGCACACGCCAGAGAGUCAGAAAUGGAUUAAGACCUUGAGC